AUGUACGUCAUUACCUCUGACAGGCCCGACGGUGGCUAUCUCUCCGACGAGGUCGAACUAAAACUGCCCGACGACAAGUGGGCCAUCGACGGGACUCUUUUCCAGUACAAUGACCAGCUUUGGUUCGUCUGGUCUGGAUGGGCUGAUAACGAAAACAUUGAGCAAAACCUAUACAUCUGCCGCAUGAGCAGCCCCACUGAGGCGACCGGGCCCCGGUACGUUAUUUCACAACCUCGCGAGCCUUGGGAACGCAUUGUAGGCAACCCUUGGAUAAAUGAGGGACCUGAGGCUAUCGUUGACCCAGAUGGCCAAUUGCACAUUGUCUACUCGGCGGACGGCAGCUGGAGCAGUAGCUAUUGUCUCGGCGACCUCCGCCUGAAAAAGGGCGGUGACCCUACAAACGUUUGGGACUGGUAUAAGUCAAACGGCUGUGUCAUGGGGUCUAAUAAAGACCAAAUGAUGGCAGGGUGGGAUACAACUAAAGAUGUUAACGGGCCGGGGCACCAUACGUUUGCGAUUCUGGGGGAUAUUGGCGGUCUUAAUUCUCCCAAUACGAAGUACCCAUUCAUGUAUCAUGCGGUUGAGAAAGGAACGGAGUAUAGCUGGGAAAACCGCCAGUGGUUUAGUGGAAGCUUCCACUGGAUCCCUGAUAUCACAUAUUCGCGCGCCAACGUGCCAGGGGAUGGUGAGAAUUCCGGCUGGAGCCCGAAGCUCACCGAGGAGAGUUUAGCGUGA